GCGCGGUCUGCGAGCGCGCACGGGGGUCAAAGGUCAGUGAGUACGGGUGACGUCAUGCGCUGAAGAUGGCCGAAGGGGACGGAGGUUGGUGGGGCAGUUGGCUUCAGCAAAGCUACCAGGCCGUCAAAGACAAGUCGGCGGAGACCUACGAGUUCCUGAAGCGAGACCUGGCUGAGUUCUCCAGCGUGGUCCGGCAUGACACGGCGUGCUCCAUCGUGGCCACGGCCAGCGCCGUGCGGAGCAAACUGGCGGUGGAGGGCUCCUCAGAGACCACGGAGAAGGUGAAGAAAAGCCUUUCCAACAUCCUGGGCGUGAUCACAGACACCCUGGCUCCGCCUCCAGACAAAACCAUAGACUGUGAUGUCAUCACACUGAUGGCCACCCCAGCUGGAACCACUGAGGAGUACGACAGCACGAAGGCCCGCCUCUACAGCUUACAGGCAGAUCCAGCAACGUACUGCAAUGAGCCUGACGGUCCACCAGAGCAGUUUGAUACCUGGCUCUCAGGGUUUAGUCUCGAGGAGAAGAAAGGGGAGAUCUCAGAGCUCCUGGUUUCCAGCCCCUCCAUCCGGGCCCUCUACACAAAAAUGGUUCCAGCAGCUGUGUCACACUCCGAAUUUUGGCAGCGGUACUUUUACAAGGUCUUUCAGCUGGACCAGGAGGAGGCGAGGCGAGUAGCACUGAAACAGAGGGCAGAGCGGACCGCACACUCGGAGGCUCUGGGCUGGGAGGAGGAGGAAGAGGAUGAGUUCCUCGGAGCCUCGUCUGCGUCUCGCUUGGACUUCGCACACCCCUCACAGGAAGUACCCCCCCGGGCCCGCGACCAGGCUACAGUGCCCUUGGUGUCGACUGUGCCGGCGGAACAGGAAGGUGACCGCUGCGAUCCGGGCAGCGAGAGCGUGAGCCUCCCCACCCAGCUUGAGACGAGGGCCCACGAGGGGCAGGUCGCCCCGGCCCCGGAGGAGCUGAACCAGAAGCUGGGCGAGGCCACGCUGGAGGAAGGAGAAGCAGGACCAGGUGUGGCCCAGCGCCACGGGCAGCUCCAGGGCCGAGGGUCCGGGGCGGAGCAGGCGGCGAAUGCUUCGGGGAGAGAAGAGGCCGCAGUGGUGAGAGCGCCGGCCAGGCCGGGGUCGGCAAGGGAGGACGGGCCGCAGGACCUUAGGGUGUUUGAGCUCAACUCGGACAGCGGGAAGUCCACGCCUUCCAACAAUGGUCAGAAAGGCUCCAGCACGGAUGUCAGCGAGGACUGGGAGAAGGACUUUGACCUGGACAUGACUGAGGAGGAGGUCCAGCUGGCGCUCUCCAGAGUCAAUGCCACCGGGGAGCUGGACGAUGAAGACUGGGAAAACUGGGACUGACGAGGAGAAUUUCCGGUCCGAUCGCCGUACCGUUAAACCGUGGCGAUGCUGAAAGACGCACCAUGCUUGAUGUGUGUAACUCUUAGUCCGUGCCAUUGCCAUGUGUCUCGUUGUCACAGUUGUCAGACGAAGGACACUUGGGUUCGCGCAGUCUAGGGACCGCCAGGGAUUGUGGGAGAGAUCAAGGCAAUACCUUAGAUGGCGACUGUACCGACGACAAUUAAAAAAAUAUAGCAUUACCUUUUUAGGUUACUGUGGGAACAAUUCCUCACGUAGAGUGUAUUUAUAUGAAUUUCGGGUGGGUGCUGCUCUAGCGAACAGGUCGCGUAAGGAGAGGCCCCCCCCGUGGCCGCUGACGAGCGAGUGGUUGGUGAGUGGUGAUUGGUGAUUGGCCAUCCUGUCUCCCUGUCCUCUGAUAUGCUAUUCAAUGUCAGCCAGUCUCUGCAGUUCGCUCUCACUUUAGGACGGGAGUUUUGUUUUCCUCUAGAAUGGUCAUAAUUGAAUCGCAAAGCUGUUUGUUAUUAUAAAAUCCUGUAUAUGAUUAUUUUUCACUCUUGGGGUGUCCAGUAUGCUCCUCCUGCUUUGUACUGAUGUGGACUUACUAACACCCUUCUCUCAUAUGCAAGUUAACACAGUAUGAAAUAAAGGCGUAGCUUUGGCUCGUUGCA